AUGAGCUCUCAGACGACAACAGCUCAGAACCCCUCGUUCGUCCUCCAGGGAAUCCACAAGGUCACAUACGAGGACCGCCCUGUCCCGAAGCUUGAAAGCCAGCAUGAUGUUAUUGUGAACGUCAAAUACACUGGUAUCUGUGGAAGUGAUGUCCACUACUGGGAACAUGGUGCGAUUGGACAAUUCGUGGUAAAGGAGCCCAUGGUCUUGGGGCACGAAUCCUCAGGGGUGGUUAGCCAGGUUGGCUCGUCCGUCACCAAUCUCAAAGUUGGUGACCGCGUUGCAAUGGAGCCUGGCAUCCCCUGUCGCCGGUGCGAGCCUUGCAAGGCCGGCAAGUACAAUCUUUGUGAGCAGAUGGCGUUUGCAGCCACACCGCCGUACGACGGCACCCUCGCCAAAUACUAUGUGCUGCCUGAAGAUUUCUGCUACAAGCUGCCAGAGUCGAUCAGCCUUCCGGAAGGUGCACUGAUGGAACCCCUUGGUGUCGCCGUGCACAUCGUGCGACAGGCCAGUGUCACCCCGGGCCAGACAGUCGUUGUCUUUGGUGCUGGGCCCGUCGGGCUCCUUUGCUGUGCCGUCGCCAAAGCCUUUGGGGCAACAAAGAUCAUUGCUGUCGAUAUCCAAAAGCCAAGACUAGACUUUGCAAAGAAGUUUGCUGCGACAUCCAUAUUCGAGCCUUCUAAGGUUGCAGCCACAGAGAACGCAGCCCGGAUAAUCGAAGAGAACGACCUAGGCCGAGGUGCCGAUGUCGCCAUUGAUGCUUCAGGCGUUGAGCCGUCGGUUCACACAGGUAUCCACGUCCUCCGACCUGGUGGCACUUAUGUCCAGGGCGGAAUGGGCCGGAGCGAGAUGAACUUCCCCAUCAUGGCAGCCUGCACAAAAGAGUUGAACCUUAAGGGCAGUUUCCGCUAUGGCAGUGGCGAUUAUAAACUGGCCGUUCAGCUCGUGGCAUCUGGUCAGAUCAAUGUGAAGGAGUUGAUUUCUGGCACAGUCAAGUUUGAAGAUGCUGAACAGGCUUUCAAGGACGUCAAAUCUGGAAAGGGUAUCAAGACGCUUAUCGCCGGUCCGGACGUUUCCGUUUGA